GAUUUAAUUUUAUUAAAAACUAAGAUGAACAACCUAUAUGUGUUUUAAUUCAAAGAUAAAAGAACUUGACAUUGCUACUUUCCACUUGUUGAUAUAUUUUAGUCGAUCAUUGUUAUAUCUAUAACUUAUUCCCUCUCGAAUACUCAAUCGAGGAGUACGUCCAAUUCAUCGAGGGUAGUUAUUAACAACGACUGUUCAUUAAUAACCCUUACUAUUAGUCAAAUAUAGAACACCGUCAUAUACCGACUUGAUAGUAGCAUUUAAUCUCUUAACUCCUUGAUGAAAUCAAUUGAGAUUGAUAACCUCAACACAACGGUUUUGGUUUAACCAACAAAAUUAAUCCCUCUUAAGUUUAUCAACCACGACCGUGCAUUAAUAAACCGAAGUUACUUACUUGUGAAACCAUCAACGAUUAACCAUCGGUUCGUCGAUCGUUUCUAGUAAUAAUUAAUGUAUGAAACAAAACUAGUUGAUUCUUUAAGUAAUGUUCAAAAUAUUAAUAUGAAAUAUGAAUAGGAAUUAAUUAAUAUUCAAGGAAGAAUAUUAUUAAAGAAGAUGAAUCCUACUAUAAUUAAUAUCAAGAUGUUAACUAAUUGUCAUCUUAGCAACACUCCCCAAUAUUAAUAUAGAGGAAGAAAAUACUACUCUUACUAAUGUCAAGAUGUUAACUAAUUGUCAUCUUAGCAACACUCCCCAACAUUAAUAUAGAGAUAGUAUUAAGGAAAGAACUAAUAAUUAAUAUACAAGGGAAGAAGUUAAGAAAAUAACUCACAACUUUAAUAAUCAACAAGCUUCAAGAGCAACACCAAGAAUUGGAAGUUUAGCUACUCAUUUGGAGACUAAACAUAGCUAGAAAAAUAUAAAGAAAUGCUAUUCUAAACUGAGCUUAAGAGUAUGAAAGAAGAGAUGAUUAUUUGUGAAGGAAAAGUGUGCUAUUUAGAGGUGUUUUUCAACACCUUGGGCCGGGUACCCGACCGGGUCAAGUGCCCACCCGACCGGGUCCGGUCAAAAUCAGACAUCCUCCACGUUCUGGUGAUCUUCGGCACGUUAAAAUGUCCCGGGUCAAGUCAGACCCGACCGGGUGAAAUACUUCACCCGACCGGGUGAUUGUAGUUUCUAGCCACCUUCGCUUUUCAAUGUCUCACCCGACCGGGUGCAAUACCCCACCUGACCGGAUGAUUGUCCUGGGCAGCCAAUAAUCAUUUUUCUUCACUUCAAAGUCUUCCUUUCCAACACCAUAAAUCCUAACUCUACUUUACAACUUACAAAUGAGAACUAAAAUACAAUUACAACUAAAAUCACACAAAUGUUUACAAACUAAAGAAAAUGGUAAACAAUCCACACAAAUCAAACAUAAAAAUAUACAUUUAUGCACUACUAAUUAGUGCAUAUCACUAUCACCACAAUCUACUCCUUGUAUUUUUAUUGGCUAUGCACCAGGGUACAAGGGUUAUCGCUGUCUUGAUCCUACCACUGAUCAUGUCUACAUUAGUCGCGAUAUCAUUUUUCAUGAGACUAUUUUUUCCUAUCCUACACUUUCCGCUAGUCGUUCCACAUCUCCACAUUCUUCACCUCAACCUUUUAUUUCCUUUCCAUCGUAUCCUACUACUGUAGCACAACCUCCCAUCUCUUCUUCCACAUCCAUUCCGCCUCUUCUACCUUCCACCGCACACCUUACUUCCCCAACCAGUCCAUCACCCUCAGCUCCGUCCACUCCCUCAUCCCCUAACCUCUCGUCCACUGCAACACCUACCCCAGUAUCCAGUCCACACCAUACCUCCCCUUCCUCUCCUACUUCAAACAACAUAUCUAGUCCAGACCAUACAUCCCCUUCCUCUCCUACUUCGGCCAACAUAUCCAGUUUGCCAUCAAGUCCUUCUUCUAAUCCCGAAGUCAGUUCCCAGCCCCCGAAACACACAUCCCCGUCCUCCAUCCGUCCACAAUGUUCACCCUAUGAGAACCCGAGCUAAAGACGGCAUAUAUAAACCCAAAACCAUUUUAUCUCUUACCUCUGUGGAAUUGCCCCCCAACCCGACUUGUUUUUUUCUCAAGCUAAUAAAAGCUUAAAAUGGCGGGCGGAUAUGGCUGAAGAAUUUAAUGCACUCAUUGCUAAUAAGACUUGUGAUUUCGUACCUAGUGAUUGCACAAAAAUGUGGUUGGAUGUAAAUGGGUUUAUAAAACAAAAUACAAUUCUGAUGGGUCUAUAGAGUGUCACAAAGCUCGCUUAGUGGCUCAAGGUUUUAAUCAGCAGGCAGGGGUAGAUUUUUAUGAAAUUUUUAGUCCUGUUAUCAAAUCUACUACCGUGCGUCUUUUACUUUCACUUGCCACAUCUUUUGGUUGGGGGGUACGUCAAUUAGAUGUUAAAAAUGCAUUUUUGCAUGGUUACUUAAUUGAGGAGGUUUACAUGCGUCAGCCUCCGGGCUUUAUCCAUCCCUCAUUCCCUCACCACAUUUGUUGUCUUCGUAAGGCAUUGUAUGGGCUCAAACAGGCACCUCGUUCCUGGUUUCAUCGUUUCAGUGGAUUUCUUCUUAGUCAUGGUUUCUUGCAGAGUCGGUCUGAUUCCUCCAUGUUUAUUUAUCGUCGUGGUUCUCAUCGUAUAUAUAUUCUCCUGUAUGUUGAUGAUAUUCUCAUUACAGGUAGUUCUUCUUCUCUUGUUCAGUCUAUUAUUUGGUUACUCUCUCAGACUUUCGCCAUGAAAGAUCUGGGAGAUAUUCACUUCUUUUUAGGAAUUCAGAUCGUCCGUACACUUACAGGUACUUUUCUCUCACAUCAAAAGUAUAUUCCCGAUCUAUUGCGGCGUUUUCAUCUUCAUACAGUCACUCCAGUCCGCACUCCUCAUCGCAAUAUUGUUGGUGCCUUACGCUACUUAAUUAUUACUAGACCAGAUAUUACCUAUGCUGUUCACCUGGUCUCUCAGUUUAUGCAUGCUCCUCGCACUGCUCACCUUUCUGCUGUGAAGCGUAUUUACAGAUAUUUGCAGGGUACCAUUACUGAAGGUUUAUGGUUGCGCAAAGGCGGCAAAGGUGGUGAUCCAUCUCUUGUUAUUGCUUAUUCUGAUGCAGACUGGGCCGAAUGUCUUGAUAGUUGUCGCUCCACCACCGGCUAUGCUAUUUUUCUGGGACACAAUUUAAUUUAUCGGCGAUCCAAAAAGCAACCUACUGUCUCCAAGUCAUCCAUUGAGGCUGAAUAUAGAGCUGUGGCUUAUACUGUUCAGGAUACUUUUUUUAUUCGUUCAUUACUUGCGGACAUGGGCUUUUUCAUCUCAUAACUGGUUCAGCUCUAUUGUGAUAAUGUUUCAGCAUCCUACCUUGCAGUUAAUCCUAUUCAGCAUGAUCGGAGCAAGCACAUAAAGAUUGACUAUCAUUUUGUUCGAGAACCUGUGGCUCAUGGUGAUUUAGUUGUGAAAUACAUCCCUACUCAGUUUCAGCUAGCAUAUAUUUUUACUAAAAAUUUAUCUAGUCAGCGUUUUUAUUUUCUCAAGUCCAAUCUGCGUGUUGUUCUCUCUGUGCAGAUUGAGAGGGUGUAAUAGAUAAUAAUGUAGGGAUACUCUUGUAAUGACUUAUUCUUGGAUUAUUAUAUAUACACAUAUAUGGCUACCGCUAGGGUAAGCC